UCCUGUACUUCACAGUUUGAAAGUGAUACUUGAUGGCACCACAAGGCUUUCGUACAUUUGAAAUCAAACUUCGCACACGCAUUAAUUUGCUAAAUUUAAAUAUGUGAGUACAUAUACUUUGGUGCGUGUAGGGUUUGCGAGUCUGCUUUCCUUAUUUAGACUUUGCCAAUUAUAGUGCCAAUCACACAAUCUACCAUGACCUCGUUUGCUCCCACAUAUUUUGGAAAAGGCAACAAUGCGUAUAGACACGACACUUUUGUGACGUCAACUUCGGUGAACCGAAAACGCACAGGUACAUGUACGGGCAACUUUCAAGGUUUGGGGCAGUUUUCCGCCUGCAUGCAAAUGGAGGGACGGCUAUUUCUGGCGACGAAUUGUUGAUGUUUCACUUAAUUCUAGUAAUUCAGACUGGGUUGAGGAACAACAGCUGCAUCAAACACAUCUUUAACUUGUCUAAGCUACUAGGAAUUGUGUAAGAAGCUCCGAAUCGAGUCGGCAAAUAUUGUUUAAAAAAUCACUAUAUAGAAAUGGAUGACAAAGCACAUGCUGCCACAUUGCAAGCGUCUACAUGUAGCAUUUAAUAUUUGGAUCCAACAUGCGCCCAGAACAUUCCCAUACAUACAGGAAGUUGGGUAGUUGUGGAAGAUGUUUUAUAACGUGCUUUCAGAUGCACUUGAUACAUAAUGUAGUGGACAGUGGUGUUUUGGUCGCCCGCGAGGACCAAAUGUUGUGCAUUUUAUUAACUUUGAUGACUUCCAAAUUUCUUCAGAGAAAACAACUUUACUCGCCUGCGACAGCAGUGUCAGGGAUCGUGUCAGACAGUGCCCCUUGACUGAGCAUCGAAGAGCACCUCUGUCCGUCCAAAGGCUCUGCGUGCCCCAUCGUAAUUGGUCAGAAUGACGCUGCGGCUCGUGGACGAUCUUGCGACGCUUGAGUCGCUAGAUGAGACCGCCAUUUUGGACGAACUGAAGAAAAGAUACGCAACUGACGUCAUUUAUACGUACAUUGGCGAUAUUCUUAUUGCCAUCAACCCCUACAAACCGCUUCCGAUUUACUCGUAUCAGAUUUCAUGUUCAUACACAAACUUGCAGUACAGACAAGCGCUGCCUCCCCACAUUUUCGCCAUCGCAGAUAAAGCCUACGGCAGCAUGAAGCGACUAGGCAUGCGUCAGUGUUGCGUCAUCAGUGGCGAAUCGGGAGCCGGGAAGACCGAGAGCGCCAAGUACCUGAUUGGUCACAUUAUCAGCCAUUGCAGCAGCAACAAGAAAAACCUGCAGGAAAAAAUUCUACAGGUAAAUCCACUUCUGGAGGCUUUCGGCAAUGCACGAACCGUCAUGAAUGACAACUCCAGUCGGUUUGGCAAGUUUAUUGAGCUGAAAUUUUGCCAUGACGGAAGGAUUGUGGGAGCCACAAUUGAUCAGUAUCUCCUCGAGAAAUCUCGUGUCGUCAGCCAAGGAAAACAAGAAAGAAAUUUCCACAUUUUCUACUACAUGUUUGCCGGACUGACGGAACAGCAGCUGUUGAAUCUGCUGCUGUCACCCCCCGAAAAACACAGGAUAUUGAACGCCGUACAAGGUCAGGGCGUAUACGACAGUGAAGAGGAGUUUCUUUUCAAUCAGAAGAUGUAUGAUGAGCUGCAGGAUAUAAUGGAGCUCGUGGGAUUCUCACAAGAGGAUAUCUGGAUGAUAUUCACCAUUCUGUCGGCGAUUAUUCAGAUAGCUGAUAUCGAUUUUGAUUUUGAUGAGGAGACAGGUGGCUCUUACAUCGUAGACGAGUACAUACUCAAAGUCGUGUGUAAUCUUCUCGGAUUGGACGUGGUUGAAAUGGCCACUGCGCUCGUAUCGAAUGUGUCAUACACACGAGGCGAGCAGAUAUUAACAUUAAAGACGGUUGCGCAAGCCAACGAUGGACGUGAUGCCUUGGCCAAAGCUCUGUACAGCAAGCUGUUUACGUGGAUUGUACGGCAAGUGAACUCACUGAUCGCCCCGGAUCCACAUCUACAGGGUGGAACAGAAGGCUAUGAGAUCGGUAUUCUCGACAUCUACGGUUUUGAGAGCUUCGAGACGAACAGCUUCGAGCAGCUCUGCAUCAAUGUGACCAACGAGCAACUCCAGUACUACUUCAACCAGCGCAUCUUCGCAUGGGAGCUGGCCGAGUACGCCAGCGAGGGCAUCUCUCACGCUAAGAUCAAGUUCCAGGACAACCAGCCGGUUCUGGAUCUCUUCCUCGCUAAACCACUGGGAUUGUUCUCCAUUCUAGACGAGGAGAGUCGCUUCCCUCAAGCCACUGACGUCACAUUUGUCAACAAACUCAUCAGCAAUCACGGCAAAAACAGUAACUUCCUCAAAGAGAAGAAAUCCCGCGGUCAAGCAAAGUUUGGCAUCAACCACUACGCGGGCGAACUAUGGUAUGACGCUCGUGGUUUCUUGGAGAAAAACCGAGACACAUUCAGCGCCAAUCUGACGGACAGUAUGCUUCAUAGCCAGAACGGCCUUCUCAGAUAUCUCUUCAGUGCAAGCGAAUCGGAGAUCUCAGAAACGAAACAGUCCAGUCCAUUCGCAGUACCUCAAAGCCAGAAGGACAUCCUUCUAUGCAAGCCGCCACCCAAGAUCAUCCAUGAUGGGACGGUCAGUCUGUCGCGUGCCGCAACAAAGAAGCUGAAGAAACAAAUGAAAGAUGGAAAAUCUCCAGCGAGUGACAAGGGAAAGCGAAAAACAACACUGCCCUCUAUCGGCUCACAUUUCAAGCAAUCCUUGACGGGGCUGAUGGCCAAGAUUCUCGGGGCGGAGCCGCAGUUUGUCCGCUGCAUCAAGCCCAACGGCCAGAGCAGGAACGACUUCUACGAGGACCGGCUCGUCCAGCGGCAGCUGCAGUACACCGGAGUGCUGGAGACCAUCAAGAUACGGCGAAUGGGCUUCCCUUCCCGGCUGGCCUUCGGAGAUUUCAUGAGAAGGUACAAGUUCAUAGGGUUCCCCUUGUCGGCAAGUGUAAAGGCCAACGCCGCCUCUUGUAAGAAGAUAUUGCAAUCAGCCGGGUUAUCGGGCUACGAGAUCGGGAAAACAAAAGUUUUCCUCAAGUACUGGCAUUCGGAAAAGCUCGACACUCGCCUAGAUCAACUCCUCGAAAGCGUGGUCACCUGCCAGCGGUACGUGCGCGGCAGGCUGGGCCGGAAAUUCACGCGCUCCGUCCGCGAGAAGGGCUGGAAGCAACGAGGUGCCAUAGCCGGGUUCCUGGAAGAAAUCGAGGUGUACAACGAGAAAAUCUUCCGAUCAAUCGUGAAGAUGGACAAGCAUGACAAAGAGCGAUUCGAAGCUAAGAAAAGACAGAUGCUAUUGGGUGAACUGCGGGUCAAAACGGACGAAAGACAGCGUCUCAUUGUCGAGCAGAACGAACGGAAGAAGGUCCCACCGCCCACAGCGCCUAAGAGAUACAGCUAUGGGGUACCAGUGGCUGCAGCAACCAACGGGGUGGCUACGGAGAGGACACAGAUACCAACGAAAAGGAGCAAAAUCGAAGAGGAACUCUUGGACGAGCUUGAGUAUCAGCUUCCUAGGAUAGACGCAGAUGCCUGGGCCAAGGUCUACUUCCUCGAGAAGAGGUGUCGCCUGGUAGACUUCAACAUCAAGUCGCCUGCAGUCAUCGUAGAUGGGUCCAAGUUCCAGUAUCCAGGAAGGCUCGGAUUCGGAGCACUCCAUAACCCCCUCCGAGACAAGCACACAGAGAAAGUUCGGGCUCACAUCGGCAAAGGGGUGCAAGUCGAGGUGGAUAAGGAGGGCAACGUGUGGGCCACCAGGCUGGGGAAGAACGAGGUGUUUGUCAAGGGCUGCUUUGAUCCUGAGAACCACUGCAUCUCGGCUGAUGUCAUUGAGCAGAUGGGCCACCUGGAGACCAACAUUCCCAUGAAGGUGUUUGACAUCAAGGAGUACAAGAUCCAGCUAGCCCUGGAAGCCAAGAAGUCAGACCAGUCUGAGAUUGACAAGAGGCGACUGAAGCAGCUCUGCCUCGUCUCUCUGAGCUUCGUCAAGGAUGCGGUGGAGGACGUCAACACGCCUUGCUGGAUCAGCAUCGUGGUGUUGCCAGCUCUCCGACUUGACAAUCCAAAAAUCAUGCAGACAUUGAGAGAUGUGUCCGUUGGGAACACAAAUCCUGAUGUCUUGCAAGAUGCAACCAGGAUUUUGUCGGUUUAUCGAACAGCAAAGCAAAUUGAAUCCAGUGAAAUGGGACGAUCAGCGAGUCGCAAGUGGGCCAAGUCCAACAUGCGACGCUCCAACUUUGAAAAGGAGAACACUAAAAAGGACGGCCGGCAAGCGAGACUGAAGGAGACAGAGAAAGCCAAGGCCAUGGGCAUGGGAGCCAUGUACAGCUGGGAGGUACAGAAGGAUGACAAAGCUGUGACCAAAGACAUGGACCGACUGUCAAUUGUCUCAAAUGAUAGUGACACUGGAUCUAGUUUGUAUCCAAGUGACGAGGGUGGGCCAGGCUACCAAAGCUCAUCCGUUCGACGUGCUGUGCUACGCUCCCUGUCUGUCCGUAAUGCUGCUGCGUUUCGCCAGCGUAGUCUAAAGCGUAUCCAGGAGACCGGCGCACAGGAGAUUGAAGUGCCCGAGGACCCGUAUUCCGUUAAUGGAGGGCGCCGCGUCUGGGCCAAGGACAGGCAGAAAAAGCGUGAGCAGAUUACUGACGAGAUCUUCUGAGAUGGGACGAUCUGGAACGUGAGAAACAGAGCUCAAGACGGUCGACUCUAUUUCCAAUUUUGUAUUCAAGAUUAUAAAGCUAGCUCACGGCUUUAAGUCGAGAUAUGAUACACCGUCAAAGUAUGAUUUCUUUAAUUAGGAUUCCAUUAUACAGUCGCUUUCAUUGGCUUAAUGCUGUGCAGAAAAUCAAAUGUUGCAUUCACCCAAGUGCUUCCGUGACAAAUGACAGUAACGUGUUAAACUUUUUUUUUGUAUGUGUUGCUUCUUACUUCUUCAUGUAAAAGGUUCAUUUAGAUCCAAGUACAUUCCAAAGGUAAACUUUCAGCUAGGGUUUACAGACUUUUGAGCUCGUAUCUCUGAAAUACAGUUCACUUGUUUUCCAAACGGAAAAUGGUCAAGACCCAAUGGCUUGUCCUACAACUGAGAGUGGUAGGUAAUGUUUGCAUUCAAUGCCUCUUCCACCAAUAGACUGAUUGUGCCCGCUAAAUAAUGUGACUAUAGUGGGUAUUAACCCCAUAGCAAUGUGUGUUUUGAAUAUUGUUUACAAACAAUACAGACAAGUUACGGUACAGUACCAGCGCAUCAGUAGCAUGAGUACCGUGCCUACCAUCAGCUUUAUUUCUGGUAUUCUUAUGAAACAUUGUGCUUUUGGUGGACACCAUGUUUGUUGAUAUUUAAUGCUCACUAUACAUGUGGGUCAUGUGACUUGGCAGGCGCAAUCGGUCAAUUGGGUAUUUACAACUGGCAAAACUGUGUGUACGUCUCAGGUUAAGAAUGUAGAACAUGUACAAGAUGGGCACAUGUUACACCUGACCAUGGUAAUGGAUUCCUUUCAUGUUCGUCUGCAUAAAUUUAUGGACCAAUAAAAAAUUACACUGGCUUCUUUCAAGACUAUCACUACAUGCCCGCGAUAUGCAACUCUCAACUUUUGUUCCUUAUAUCUUAAAUUGGCUUCCAAAGGCAAAUUUCUUGAUAUUUAGUUCUCAUGUAAAGUAUUAUUUACAGAAUGGCAUGACAUAUUGUGUCCUUGAGCAGGACACGGUGUAUAAGAAUGUAUUUCCAAACUUCAGGCAUGUUUAAUAUUUAAAUUUCCUUUGCAUAAUUUAUCAUCCAAUAGUAAUUGCCACAUGCAUACAUGAUACUCUGAUGUUCGUAAAAGACCCAUAAAUCUAGGUGUACAUUUCUUAAUUGGUAAUAUUUAUCUCUGCUCACCAGAUCUGAACCAAAAUUAUUCCUCAAAGAAAUUUAUCUAAUGUGGAUGGUGUGCAUGUGCAUCUGAACUGCAGUCUAAAAAAUCUGUGAGGAGACCUUAAAAUUAUUUUAAACUGAAACUGUUACCAUGGCUACAAAUUAGAUUUUAUCUGGUAAAUUUCAUAGAAUUCUUAAAGAACAACACAUUUAUUGGAUAACAAAAUAUAUUUUUCUAAAAAUAUGCAAAUGUUUGAUGAUAUUUAACUUGCUUGUUGGAUUUGACAUUUCUGUUUGUACGAUGAUAGAAUGCAGUGUAAACAAAUUUAAAUAGGCCACUAAAAUCUUGGAACUGAAAGCUUGUCAAAGGGAUUAAUGGAGUCCACUCAGACUGAAGUUUUUUUUUUUUUUCCUGGUAUAGUGAAUUGAGGUUAGGCAGAUGCACUUGAUACUUGUAGCUUUAAAAUUGACCAAUUUUUGUUUAUUCCAUGUAAAUACAGGCACAAAAGCAUGAGAGAAGUAAUUAUUUGAAAUAAAAAACUGUAAAGUUUAAAAGGUUAGUCCGGUCAUUACUCAGAGUUGAAAACUGAGCAUUUUCUUCUAUUGAAUUCUCAAAAACUAUUAAUAAAAAUGCUCAGUCAUGAUAAUUUGAAUGACGUAUGUUACUAAGGCUGUGGGUGUAAUUGUGGUAAAUUUUUUAAAAUAAAAUUCCUUUUGAUGCUGAUAUGGCAUUAUGAAAAUGA